AUGCACCCGCAAGCAGAGAUCAAGCCAGACAGAGUGGUGGCAAGUUGGAAACAGGUUCUUUUUUCCGAUAUAACUCUUCGUGUCUGCUCCCCGCUUCAGGACAGCAAUGAUGACAUUGAGGAUGUGUCCCUCUUUGAUGCAGAUGAUGAUGUAUCCAGGAGAUCAAAAAAGUCAAAAAUAAGGCAUCCAGUGGCAUCAUUUUUCCACUUAUUCUUCCGAGUCAGUGCGAUAGUUGUCUAUCUGCUCUGUGAGCUCUUAACUAGCAGCUUUAUUGCCUGCAUGGUGACAAUUAUCCUCCUCUUGUCGUGUGACUUUUGGGCUGUAAAGAAUGUCACAGGGCGACUGAUGGUUGGCCUUCGCUGGUGGAACCAGGUGGAUGAUGAUGGUAGAAGUCACUGGGUAUUUGAAGCCAGGAAGGUAUCAGCGCAAGGGAGUAAAACCUCAUCAGAAGCAGAGUCCCGAAUUUUCUGGUUAGGUCUAAUUACCUGUCCUAUGAUCUGGGUGAUAUUUGCUUUCAGCGCUCUCUUUUCCUUCAAAGUGAAAUGGCUGGCAGUGGUUGUGAUGGGAGUGGUGCUUCAGGGAGCCAACCUUUAUGGUUAUAUCAGGUGUAAAGUUGGCAGUAGAAAGAACUUGACAAGCAUGGCGACUAACUAUCUUGGAAAGCAGUUCUUGCGGCAGACUGUGGCUAAAGAGGACCAAGCUGCAUCCUGAGUACGGUGGAAGCCUCAAGCCAGACCGGAUUCACAGUAGUGAACAACAGAGAAUGUUGCUCUGACCCAUGAGAUCUGGGAGCUGCAUACGUGAGGUGUGAAUUAAAAGAAGUAAUUAAAUUGUGUGAGACUUCAGGUUAACGCUCCUAGCAACUUAUAUUCGAUUUUCCGCUAGCAGUUUGUGUUUAAGUCUUUUCUUCAGUUUGAUGAAUUAGAAUUAAUUUGCCUAAACUUUAAAUGAAAAAAUAUCCUAGGUGGCUCUCAUACAGGUUUAGAACUAGGGGAUGAAUUAAGAGAAAAUUGCUUGACAUCCUUCUUCAGAAAAACCAUGCACAAGCCGAGCCUUCUGUUACCCAAGGACUCCCCCGACUCCUCCAGCAGUUGGUGCCUCAAAUAGUUUCAGUUGUGGACAUUGCUGCGUUUUGUUCUUGGAGGUCAUUGCUGCUUCUGUUACGAAGUUUAGAUAGCGCUCUUCUGGCUCCGCAUCUCUCUCAUUCUGUGAUUUGAACGGCGCUGAGGUGGUUGCGGUGAAGGACAUCUGAAGGAAAUGUUGCUGUUGGCUUAGUGGGAAGAUGCUGUGGUUUCCACGAGACUUCAAUAAAGCGACUUCUGAGCAGCUCCGGUCUUUUAUUUAUCUGAAGCAUUCUUGGAGGUCUCGGUAACAUCUUAAACCCCUGGAUUUAUGGGAAGUCCCUCUUCUACCUGUAGGCCUGCGUCUGUCUGGAGAGCGUAGCAAGAGUAAAACCAGUUUACGAGGAAGGUUGCAGGCACGGUUUCAGAGACGGAGUGAAUCUGAGAGCAGUCGUCGUCUGACUGACGCUGUUAAAGUGAUGCCAUCUGGCGUCGUGUCGGCGCCGCGCUGUAGCGUGCGUUUGGUGCCGCGGGUCGUCUUCUCUGGCCGGGAGGGUGUAGGGUGACGCGGUCUGCGGUUUCCUCACCAGCCCCUUGGCACAGGGUCGCAGGGAAUGGGACCGACAGGGGUUUUCGUUUCUUGAAUCCACGCAGUAUGCUGUCCUUAAGCCGUGCUCCCCAAGGAGCCUGUGGGCUGGAAAAAAGCCUUUUGUAGGAUCGUGAAACGUUGGCUGGCAGCGUUCACUUAGAUGGCAGAAAGUGGCGUGUUUUGUGUGAAAAGCUGUACGAAAGGGAUCAGUUCCUUCUUGUCAUGUAAUUCUGUUCAAGGCAGACUGUGCUUUCGCAGCGGCGGAUAUUGUAAACUUCAGAUGAGGUAUUUUAAAUUAAGGAUGUGGUUUCUUUUUGAAUAAUGGGUAUUGUAAAUUGUGGGAUUGCAUUAACAUGAUUUCUCUCCCUGUACUGUAGCAACACUUGGGAGCUGUACACUUGUUUAACUCUUUGGAUUGAUACCUUCCUUUUGUAAAUAUGUAUUUAUAAAAUCUCGAAAUUAAAAUAAUGCUUUGUUUAACCAGA